CGGCAGGCGGCCGAUGGGCGCUUCCCGCCGGCGCCGGCAGACGGCGUUGGCGACAGCGACAGCGACGACUCGGCGCUGGACGAAGACGUGGCGCGCACCGCCGACACCCUCGCCGCUCUGCUCGACCUCGGCCUCGACAGCGAGGCGGACGCGGAGUGCGCGCUGCGCGCGCGCUACUUCCUGGAGCGGCACGUGUUCCGCGCGCGCGCGCCGUGUGCGCUGGCGCUGCAGGCGCUGGCGCUGGCGCGCGCGCGCAGCGAGAUGGCGGCCGCGGCGCUCGACCUGCUGCGCAACGCCUCCGCCAACGAGGAGGGCGACUUCGGCUGGCCGCGCGCGCCUCGCCCCGCGCGCCACGCGCCCGACUGGCUGUACGAGGCCGGCGCCGGCCGCCGACGCAAGGAGCGGGCGCCCACAACAGUUGCAGAAUUUAAAGCUUCACUGUUUACAUUGAUGACUUACGCCCGCUUGGGAGAUUUGAAAUCAGCGGAACCUGUUGCACGUUACCUAUUUUACCGUUCACACUUACUGGACAGGCAUAUAGAGUUGCUGUAUCCUGCCGUUCAAGCUUUCUCGGAAUUUGCAUCUCUCGCUCUUGACCGCCAUCGCGCUUUAACAGUUUCUCUUGCGACGUCAGGCAUGGAAUUAACAGACACGUUAGAGCUAAGGCCUGACUCAGAACCUCAACAUCUUCAAUUGCCCUCUCUUCCCACGAAAGUGUUUGUUUACGCUACAGGAGCAGGAUGUGCUACUGUUCAGGGCCGUGUCAGUUACUCAACUUACGCCCCAGCAGAUCAUACACAUUUAUUAGACUUAUGGGCAAGUGUUGAAGGCGAACUUGUUCCAAGUAGAAAUUCUUUGGAUGAGUUAGAAGGGAAAUUACCUCGCCUCAGACUCAGUACUUGUGUGCGGUGGAAAGGCGAUGACGUAUCAAGCGUCUUACGACUAGAGGUAACCCUCUUUUCUGGCUUCCAGCUGGAAUCAGUGAGCCCGGUUGAUCUGGAUGUGUACCAUGGCUCUCUGGGGGAUCUUGUGUGGUUUGUGCUUUCUAAUGUAAGCAAUACCUGUCCACACUGCAUCCGAUUUUUGGUAAGAAGUCCAUUUGUCGUUACUGGUUUGCGACCAGCAUUUGCCCGAGUGUAUCCUGCUGGCCGUGAAGAUCUUGCAGCAGAAACCUUUUUCCACACCAGCCAAGGAAGUCCUUUACUUGCUGACAUCACCGAUGAUGAUCUUAUUACAUGGUUUGGAAAGGAUGAUAGAGGACAACCUCGCACGAGCUCUGAUUUCUCUCAAAUAUGCGAGUGUGGUAAAUCUUGUAAACCUCUAGUUUCGGCCAACACAUUUUCUUCCUCCAACGCUUCAAAAGUGGAUCAUGUGCAACGUGAUAUUGAUAUGGCUAACAUCCUCAUCUUCAGUGAAGCAAAUGUGACCGGAAAUGUGACUCAGUUCACCGUGUCAAGUGCAGAGCUGACCUUAGAAAGAAAAAUACCUAACAACAGCACAAACACUAGCGAUGCUGUCAUUCCUACGAUAGCACUAGUCAGUAAUUUAUCAAAUCCCGAGCCAGUGUUGGUAAUAAGUAGCAGUAAGCCAGUAGCAACUGAAUCUGCGUCAUUUGACCUUAUAAUUCCAGCAGAAGAUGCAGAAAUGUUAGGUGCUAAAGCUGAGCAGUUAGUUAUAAUUGCUACAAACGUGAGUGAUUCGAAAUCAAACACCACCACUCAAAAUUCAACAGAUGAUAACAAUCAAUUAAAAACAAACAACACAAAUAAAUCAAGAAACGUUCCUAGUAUGACAAAAUCCCCCAGCCCGGUUCCGCCCGCAUCUUCGAGCACCGCCACGGAAACGACGCCCCUCUCAGAAGCCCAAACAACGAUGGCGACCCCGCGCCCGCCGCGCCCGCAGGCGCACAGCAUCAACAAGGAGCGGCAGCGGCCGUCCACGCCGCCUACGCUGGGCGGCCCGUCGGCGGAGCCCCCGACCACGCCCCGCGACGACAAGCUCUUCGUCGUGGACAAGACGGCGCUGUGGGGCAUGCUGCGUGAGGUGGUGCACGUGGAGCUCAACAAACGCAACAGGAGGGAGGGAGCCCCCGUUGACGCUGUACUCCACUGAGAUGGCAUGGCGUUGUGCCUCGAGUUUCGAUGUUUCAAGAGUGAUCAAUGUGUGUAAAUUGUUUAAAAACAAUUACUGAAGAAUUGUGGUAGUAAAAUUGUAUUUAGGGAACUGGACUUUAUGAGGACUGAUUUUACAUGCCUUGUAACGCGUAUUGUUUCUUCACAAAAUAACUGCAGUGUAUGCAUUUUUCUUAAAAAACAAGUUUAAAAUUUUAUGCAAAAUCCAUGUUCACAUCUCCAUUCCAAGUCCAUCAGAUUCCAAACCAAACCAUUAGCAGUUUUAUACAGUCCAUAAUUUAUCACCCCAAAAUAAAUGCAUUUAUUGACUGUAGAGCCGUAAAACCUAUGAAUGGGAUAAAAAUAAUUCUUUCCCAGCCAUAAGUAUUAUCUUAUAUGAUUUAAUAAAGAUUGACU